AAUCCAACAACCUCCUCCCGAGCCUGAGGUGGUGAUUAUCGAAGCAGCGAAAGCGAAGAAAGGAAGGUAACGAUGGCGAUGGAGCUAACAGCAGAGGAGCUGAGACAGUACAACGGCACAGACCCAUCGAAGCCGAUAUACGUGGCAGUGAAGAGCCGCAUCUUCGACGUGACCAACGGCAAGUCGUUUUACGGUCCUGGAGGUCCCUACGCCAUGUUCGCAGGCAAGGACGCCAGCCGAGCUCUGGCCAAGAUGACCAAGAACGAAGAAGACAUCACCGCCGACGUCCAAGGCCUCUCCGACAAGGAGAUCGGCGUCCUCACCGACUGGGAGAACAAGUUCGAGGCUAAGUACCCCGUUGUUGGCCGUGUUGUUUCUUGAAAUUCAAAUUCCCCUUUUUAUCUCUCUCUGUAAUCCAAAUAAGGGCCUUUUGCUUCUGGCUCAAACUAUGAUCUUGGAUGUUUAGUAUGUUUAAAAGUGGAUCAAAUAUAUGGAUUGUAUUUAUGUGUGGAUUAAUGUUUGAAUUGUGGAUUUGGGGCGGCUCUUA